CAACCGUGCACACAAUUAGCACCAUCCGGACCCGGUGCUCAGUGUGACCGGUUCAGUUCUAUCGUUCGUGUCGGUACCGUUCCGUGAGCAGCUACAAUCGUCAAACCAGAGUUUUUCGUGGAAAUGCUGGAGCAAAUUUUCACCAGCGAUGAUGCCGUCCGGGAUCCGGCGAAAAGCGCCCACUCACCGAUACGGAACUUUUUCCGAGAUCGGACCGUGUUUCUGACCGGAGGGACGGGAUUUCUCGGGAAACUGUUCAUUGAAAAGCUGCUGCAGUGUGAAGUGCGUGAAAUUAUUCUGCUGAUUCGCAGUAAACGUGGCCGUACGCCGCGGGAACGACUGCAGAGGCAGCUCGAGCGAGAACCUAUCUACACUCAAUAUUCGCGGAAUGCAAACUACUACUGGAGCAAGCUGCGUAUCAUGGAGGGGGCUCUGGAACAAGAUGAACUGGGCCUGUCGGAAAUUGAUAUCGACUACCUCCGAACGCACGUCGAAAUUGUGAUUCACUCAGCCGCCGAUGUGCGCUUUGACCUUUCGCUGAAGGCAUCCUUCCGUGCGAACGUGUUCGGUGCGCAACAACUGGUCCGCAUUGCCCUCGGUAUGCGAAAGCUAAUCUCAUUCCUGUACAUUUCGACCGCCUAUUCCAACUGCAUCCAAGAGGUGGUCGAGGAGAAAUUCUACGACACCGAUGUGGACCCGGAGGAGAUGAUGCGCGUUGUGGAUGCCAUCGAUGAGCAGCAGCUGGAUACGCUCAGCAGGAAAAUCAUCCAACCGUGGCCCAAUACCUACACGUACGCGAAGGCCCAGGCAGAGGUAAUAUUCCGAAAGUACUGCGAUCGGCUGCCCAUUGUGUUGAUUAGACCGUCAAUUAUAAUUUCAACCCUUGAGGAUCCGAUCGAAGGCUGGACGGACAACAUCUACGGGCUGAAUGGGGUGAUAACCGGCAUCGGUAGUGGCGUGCUGCGCAUUCUACACCUCCACGCUGACUAUUGCGUGGAUACAGUUCCUGCUGAUUUGGCCGUCAAUGCAAGCCUGGCAACAAUCUGGUACACAGCCAAACAAGCGCAGGCCGAAACGAAAGGCAAUGAGCGAGUUUUCAAUUGUAUCAGCAGAACGGACAACCCAUUCACUUACAGAGAUGUGCGAACGUUUUGCGUGAAAUUCAGAGGAAAAAUUCCAGCUCUGCAGACGCUGUGGUUCCCGACGGUUACUUUCAUUCAAUCUGCAACGCUGCAUUGGAUUUUGCAGAUAUUCUACCAUUUUAUUCCGGCUAUAUUCUUUGAUAUAUUUGCGAAAUUGAGUGGAAGAGAGGCAAAGGUUCUAUUUUUAUAUCGAAAGGUGCAGCAGUUUGCCGAUGCGCUGGAAUUCUUCACCACGAAUCAGUGGACCUUCGACAACACUCGGAUGCGUAAGGUCUACGAAAGCAUGUCGGAGGAUGACAAGCAAUGUUUUCCGGCUGAUGUACGCCUUGUAAAAUGGGCCGAUUUUAUGAAUAUCUACGUUUUGGGCCUGCGGAAAUACAUCCUGAAGGAAAAUAUGAACAAUUUGGACCAAGCGUUAAGAAAGUUUCGAACGCUGAAGAUGGCACACUACACUGUGGUGACGCUGAUUUACCUGGCAAUGACGUGGAUUUCAUUCUUGCUUGUUCGAAGUUUCUGGUCCAGUUUCGCUUCUCAUUGGUUUAGUGUGUGAAUGAAUGAAUUAAAUCGCUUAUUAUCGAAAGAUGUUUAGUAGAUUAUGAGAUUUCAAAAAUUUUACAGGCCUGAAAAAUCGAAUAAAAUGCUUAAAUGUUACGGUAAUGAUUUUGCAAUAAUUUUUAAAUCAAUAAUUGAUAGAGGCAUUUCAACUACAUUUGUUGUUUCACUAUUUGGAAAAUGAAUAAAAUGGUUUACGUGAAGUAGGACGAAAAGCAAAUAUAAUUGAAUUUCAU